AUGCCAACAAAGAGUUUAGUAAAUCGUGUAUUGAGGUGGAGAGAGUUUUUCAGAACUAAUAAAUAUCCUCCACUGGGAAAUGAAGCUGCCGAAGGGCCAAAAAGUAAAUAUACAAAUUUUUCAUUACAACACGCCAUGGAAAAGUAUAAUUUCCUGCCGACAUUCUUAUUAAAAAGGGAAUUCCUCCUUUCUAUGUGCUCAAAAAAUCCUGAGCUGGUUAAAGAUGCCUUUUUUGGAGAUAAAUACAAAUACAAUUUGGAGACCGACCUUCCUCCACCUAACACUGUACAAAUGAAUAAAGAAGAUUUAAAACAACAUAAAUAA